UAACCUUACUUUUUCGUUUUCAAUAAACCCUGGCAAUUUUGCAAAAGUGGAACUCAAUUUCGAUUCAAACAAAUAGUAUUGAUAAUGUGGCCGGUAAUUUACACUUUUUUAAGAACCUACGCCCCAUAUGUCACCCUACCCUUUGCAGGUCUCGUUGGAGUAAUUGGAUAUAAUUUGGAAAAUAUCUUGUCGGAUAAAUACACACCUUAUAACAAAUCCAUAUCGGAACAAAGAAAGGAGAGACUAUUAGACGAAGAAAAAUUGAAAAAUGCUGAAAAUGUAGAAAAACUUAAGUACCAGGCCAACGUAUUGGGACAAAACUUAUCCCCAUCUCUGUCCUAAAUUAGUUAAGUGAUUUUCUUAUGUGAUAUGUUCGAUUUAAUGUUAUUAAUAAUAAUUACUUUUAAAUAAAAAAUAUAAUUCAUUA